AUGAAUACACUGUGGCUGCCGCUUCUCCUGAGCUCAGUCAUUUGGGCAGAGGAGCAGUAUUUUCCUCAGUCACCCAAUGCCACAUGGGACGAGGCCAGACUCUACUGUCAGUCCUGUUUCAAAGAACUGACGACCAUCACCAGCAGAAACGUCCACCUCAUUGUGCAGAACUUCUCUUCGGACAAUUGGGUUGGACUCCGCAGGCAUUACAAUGGCUCCUUCCCAUGGGCCGCAUGGUCCAAUGGGGAUCCUGUUACAUAUCAGAAUUGGUACCCUGGUCAUCCAGUUCCAAAUAAAGAAAAUAAACUAAUUCCUAUAUGUUCCUCAACUACACAAAGUCCACUGAGCACCCUAAUAACUACCCCAAUGACCUCAACACAAACCUCCACAGUAACUGCUUCGGUAACCUCAACAUUUAAAACGAACAAAGAAAACGACACAUGCCCUAUACUGUCCGAAAUGCUUAUUUGCUUAAAUAUGACAUGUGAUGAUCUUGAAAGUGCCAUGGAUAUGUGUAAGAGAACACUGACUGUUACCCCAAAUACUACAACAUACAGCACCACCCCUAAAGUCACAACAUUUAGCACCACCUUUAAUGCUGGAACAAAUGGCACCACAACCGAGAGCACCACCACCAGCAACUGCGUCUUCGAACCCGAGCCAGAUCCUGAACAGUACAUCGAGGACUCUUGUGUGGUCCUGCUCAGCUUCGGCAUGUGGAAGGAAGACGACUGCAACAGAAGUUUACCCUUCAUCUGUUAUGAAGAGCGCUUUUUUGGCCAGAUAUACAUUUCCGAUGUGAACACAAGCACAGGCAAUCUGAGCUGGUCUGAGGGACCCGGUGCUGAGAACAUCAGUCACUACAGAGUGGAGGUCACUGGGGACAAAAACCAGACAUUUAACCAGACUGACCUGUUCGAACAGAUACAGAAUCUGACAGCAGGUACUCUGUACAGAGUUCAGGUGUUUCCUGUGAAAUGUGGCAGGGAUCUCAAUCCGCAGAAUAUCUCCUUCUACACCCUGCCCUCUGAUGUGCAAAAUCUGACAGUGGUGAGUGUGACAUCUGUUAGCGCCAACCUCAAGUGGAGUAAACCAGCUGGAAACCGUGACUUCUACUCAGUAACGUUCAUAAAUGCAUUGAAAACUGUGGAACAAAAGUGUGAUACUGAAGAGUGCACUAUUACGGAUCUUAUUCCAGGAACCGAGUAUAAAUUCACAGUUAAAGCUGUAGUGAAUAAGACGAUUGAAGGUGUGCCAUGCAACGUUACUGAUUACACCAUACCUUCAACUGUCAGAAACCUAAGAUCAGCAGACAAUGACAGCACAGUCAUAAUGGCCUUUUGGGAUCCGCCUACUGGCAAUCAUUCAGCUUACCGCUAUUGUCUUAAAGAAGUCAAACACAGCCACAGUUGCACUUACUGCAACAUCAUAUCAGACAGCAGCAUUACAACAAACGACAACAUUACCACAAACAGCAGCAGUACGACAGCAAAAUUCAAUAUUACAGACUGCAAAACAAUGGAUGGAACAGAAACAUUUAUCAAAGAGACUUAUAUAUCAGACGGCAGCAAGUUUUGUCUGUGUGUGGCAGCGCUAACAAAGAACAACAACCUGUCAGGAGAAGUGGUUGUAAUCCCAGCAUACACACAUGGGCAGCAUUUGCAAACGAAACGUGUGAUUCGUGUGACGUUCCUCUGGUGCUCCACCGAUACGGGCCGAUAA